AAGGCCUCAAUAAGUUGCUCUACACAAUCCAAAACCUUACCCCUCCAUCCUCUAUCUCUCUCUCUCUCUCUCUGCAAACAUGAGCAGCUGGGAUGGAUACGAGAAGAGCCAGAACCAGAAAAUAUUGGUGGGCCCGUGGGGAGGCCAAGAUGGAUCAAGGUGGGACGACGGUGUCUACAGUGGGGUAAGGCAAGUGGUGAUAAGACAUGGUUCUGCUAUAGACUCCAUCCAGAUUGAGUAUGAUGCCAGAGGUUGUUCCAUCUGGUCAGACAGGCAUGGUGGAACCGGUGGCUGCCAAACUGAUAAGAUCAAGCUUGAUUUUCCACAAGAAUUCCUCACUUCCAUUAGUGGUUACUAUGGUUCACUCACUCAAUGGGGUCCCAUUAUAGUUCGAUCCCUUUCCUUUGAAAGUAAUCGAAAAAAACAUGGUCCCUUUGGUACCCAAGAAGGAACACAAUUCACCUUCCCUAUCACCUGUGGCAAGAUCAUCGGAUUCCAUGGCCGGUGCAGUUGUUAUCUUGGCUCAAUCGGAGUUUACUUGAAGCCUCUCCAGCAACAAAAUCCACCCAGAGCUCCAAUUCAAUCACCCAACAUUGUUGGCUAUACUGUAACCCAAGAAACUAUACAAACCUACGGCGUAGUACUUGCGGGAAGAGAAAAGGGUGAACAUCGAAAGGUUAUGCAUACCAAUCAAUUUUUCACUGAUGGCCAUGGUGAAGAUGAACUAAAUCUCAAGGUCCAAAUCCCUUACCAUAUUGAGAAAGAAUCUUCAAAUGCUAGAUGGCCCGUGAGGUGUGGACCUUGGGGAGGCGAUGGUGGGACGAUUUUUGAUGAUGGAGUCUAUACAGGUGUUAGGGAAGUUCACAUAAUGCGUAAUGGUGGCAUUGUUUCCAUUAAAGCUUGUUAUGAUAGGAAUGGUCAAGAAUUUUGGGGGAAUAGAAAUGGCGGAAAGGCUGGGCUCAGACUAGACAAGAUGGUAUUUGAUUAUCCAUCAGAAAUCUUGACUCACAUAAGUGGCUAUUACGGGUCGACUAUCUUAAUGGGACCUACAGUGGUCAAGUCCCUCACAUUUCACACAACAAAAAGGAAGUACGGACCAUUUGGAGAUGAACAAGGGAUUUCCUUCAAUUCAGGCUCUAAACAGGGGAGGAUCGUCGGGUUCCAUGGCUGUAAAGGAUGGUUUGUGGAUAGCAUUGGUGUUCAUGUUCUUGAAGCUAACUUAUUGAUGAUUCCAAGACCUCCAAUCUGCAGUAAUUCUUUUAACAUGAAUGACCUGAAUACCGAGGUUAGGUAUGACAUGGUAAAAGGAACAACGACCCCAGCUGCACUAGGGCCAUAUUGUGGGGAAGGAGUGGGUAAGCCAUGGGGUGGGGAUGGAGGUCAGGCAUGGGAUGAUGGAGCUUUUUCUGGGGUUAAGCAGAUUUAUUUGAUAAAAGGCGACGCCAUUUGCUCGAUACAGAUUGAAUACGAUAGGAAUGGACAACCUAUCUGGUCUGCUAGACAUGGUGGUGGAGGUGGAUACAGUGCCCACAAGAUUAGAUUUGAUUACCCACAUGAAGUGGUUGCUCGCAUCAGUGGUUACUAUGGCCCCAAUCCAGGCGAUGCCUGUGCAAAAGUUAUAAGGUCUCUCACAUUUUUCACCAAUAGAGCAAGGUAUGGUCCCUAUGGGGAGGAGAUUGGAACCUUUUUCAGUUCUUCAACAGAAGGAAGGGUGGUUGGAUUCCAUGGUAGAAGUGGUUGUUAUCUGGAUGCAAUUGGAGUCCAUAUGCAACACACUUCGGCUGAUCAAGGACGUGUGAAGGCAGUGUUCAACAAAAUGUUUAACUGAUCAUCCUCAUCAACAACAUCUACUCGAUAAAUAAUAUCCAUCCAUGUAUGAGGUGCUCUAGUCAAUCAAUGAUGUAAUAGUAUAUUAGAGCCUAAAUAUGGAUGUUAAUUUACCCAAAAAAAAAAAAAAAAAAAAAAAAGACC